AGAUGUGUCAGUGCGUUCUGCAAUGUCUUUUUGACGUUUCGAAUUUGACCCUUUACCUAUAAAUUCACUGCGUGAUUUCAGAUUCAGAAUCACCUUCAUUAGUUUAGUCAGUUUAGUGUAGCCAAUUUAGUGUACAAAUACAAAAAUGUCGUUAUUUAGUGAUAUUCUACCAAUAAAUAAGAAUGAGGAAAAGAAACAUGGAACUGCAAACCUUUCGCCGUACUUAAAUUUCGAUCCACACUAUAUACCAAAAAUGCAACCAGAAUUUCUUUACCCUGACGAAAGCCAUAUGGCUUCGACUGCUAGACGAUCGAACGUCGCUUUACCUAUAAUCGGAAUGUCAUUUAUGACCGGUUCAGGUUUGGGUGGUAUGGCCGGUCUCUACAAAGGUUUAAGAGCAACAACACUGGCAGGACAAACGGGCAAAGUUCGAAGAACACAGUUAAUUAACUAUGUCAUGAAACAAGGUACAACAACUGGCUGUACGUUAGGUAUCCUUGCAUCAUUCUAUUCAAGCAUAGCCCUUGGAGUAACUUGGCUCCGUGAUCAAGAAGACUCCACUAACACAUUCAUUGCUGCUACAGCUACUGGAGUCUUAUACAAAAGCACUGCUGGACUUCGUUCAAUGGGCUUAGGAGCAGCCGCCGGCCUUACCCUUGCGGGAUUAUAUACGCUGAUCACAGACAAUGACAAUAUAUGGAGUAAAGCAAGAUAUAUAAGAAUGUGAAGCCGCCUUUAAUUAGUUGUGUAAAUAAUAGAAAUUGUUAUGUUAUUGCUGUCGGCACCAAAGGAUCUCUCAAGUGUUUACAAGACUUGUUUACACCAUGUCUGUUCACUUGUUUAGAUUAGUGCAGUUGGAAGGUUUUCCUGUAAUCGGUUCUGAGCCCCAUAUCGAGUCAGGAGUAGCACAAUCCAUGCCAUAAGUAAAAUAAAACUAUUUGUUUGAAAAA